AGAGGUCUUAAAGUGUUUCCAUUUGUAUUGACACCCAAUGGCUUGCAGUCGUACUUGAGUGCAGAGUCUCAACAAAAAUAUUGCUAUUUCUGCCAACUAUUUGCCGAUGGAGUGAACAAAUAUAUAGGAAUUAAUGAAGAGUUUGUGGGCAUCACGUCUUAUGUGGAGGACUACGAGACAAACACUGUAGUCGUAUCGACGCUCUCACCCGUCGAUAAUAUACAACACUUUUAUACUAUCACUUGGGAUGUGAACAUCCAAUACGACCAAUUCAUGGACAUUACGCCUAUUAUAAGUUUAAAAUCCAGUGAUGACUAUUUAUGGGACGAAAUUUUUUCAUGUCCGGCGAAUGGCUUAAUAUAUUCAGUGACCAGUAAUUAUUGGGAAGACGUCUGUCCGAUGAAGAGAGAGUACGACAUCCGUCAAAGUGUCUUCAAUAUCGGUCCCGAUCUAUACCAUCAAACGGGCCAUACCAGACAUCGGGUGACCGGGUAUUCAGUUGAGUCGCGGGUAAAUCCCGGAUAUUACAAAGUGAUAAUACACGGCAUGAGUAGUCACGCGUAUCGAUCGUUAGGCCGCUAUAUAUUCGCAAUGUUUGAAUAUUGA